AUGGGCGAGAAGCCGGAGGAUGCGGCGAAGGACCUCUACAAGAUCCUCAACGUCGCGCGGGCGGCGAGCGAGGCGGAGAUCAAGAAGGCCUACCGCAAGCUGGCCAUGAAGUGGCACCCGGACAAGAACCCGGAGAACGCCGAGGAGGCGGCCCAGAAGUUCCAGGACAUCGGCGAGGCCUACAGCGUCCUGAGCGACAAGGCGAAGAAGGCCAUCUACGACCAGCACGGCUACGAGGCCCUGCGCGACGGCGUGCCCGACGACCAGGGCGGCAUGCGCGGCGGCUGGUCCUACAAGCAGAACGCCAAGGAGAUCUUCGAGAACUUCUUCGGCACCGCGAACCCCUUCGCGGAUUUCGGCUUCGGCGACUCGGUGCCGUUCGCGACGCGGCUGCGCAAGGUCGGCCCGAAGAAGAUGAGCCCCAUCCCCCGGGGCCUGGACUGCACCCUCGAGGAGCUCUUCAACGGCUGCGUGAAGAAGUUCCACGUCACGCGGAAGCGCCUCAAGGGCGCCGCGGACGAGGGCGCGGCGCCCGACUACGUCGACGAGACCAAGGCGCUGACCAUCGCCGUCAAGCCCGGCUGGAAGAAGGGCACGAAGGUGACCUUCGCCAACGAGGGCGACGCCGCGCCCAACGUCGUCCCCGCGGACAUCGUCUUCACGCUCAACGAGCUGCCCCACGGCACGUUCUCCCGCGAGGGCGCGAACCUCGUCUUCGUCGCGACGGUGGACCUCGCCGACGCGCUCUGCGGCACGACCAUCGAGGUCCCGACGCUCGACGGCCGCAAGCUCUCCGUGUCCUGCCCGGAGGUCGUCUCGCCGGGCUACGAGAAGACGGUCCCCGGCGAGGGCAUGCCCCUCUCGAAGACGCCCGACGUCCGGGGAAACCUCGUCAUCCGCUUCCACAUCGUCUUCCCCAAGUACCUCGAGCAGGCCCAGAAGGACACGCUCAAGAAGGUGCUCGCCAUGUAG